UCGCUCUUCCCCACCAACCCCAGCCUCGGGCUCUUUCUCUUCUCGCCGCUCGUGCCCGCGGCCGACAACCGCCCGGCGCUCGCGCUCUUGACCACAGUGCAGUUGCUCUUGGGGCUCUCGUGGAUGACGCGGCGGGCACCCCGGGCCGGCGAGUCGCGCGCACGGGCGCGGGCCGUGGCGGCGCUCCGGUUCCUGGCCGGGUCCGUGGCCGUGUUCCUCGCUGCGUUCGAGGCGCUCCGGCUCGCGAUCCCGUACGACCCCUGGGCGGAAGAGGCGCGCGCGUGGCGGCACUGGGCGGUCCGAAACGGGCACGGCCCCAGCUGGUGGCGCGGCGCCAUCGCGUUCUACACGCCCAUGCCCGUCGCCGAGUGGAAGCGCAAGACCACCAACUGGCUCUCCAACCUCAUCAACGCGUUGGAGGCGGACCGCGCCGCGGACGCCGGCGCGCACGACGCGGGCGUGCUCAGCAGCAUCCCCCUCGGGCCGCGCGCCGUGCUCAAGGCGGGCGAGGCCGACACGUACACGGAAAUCUACGAGAGCCUCUGUGCGAAGAACGGCCUGCGGGCACACGCCUUGCUCGCGGGCGCGUUGGCGGACGUGUCCGAGUUGAACAAGGCCGCGCGGCUCGACGCGCUCUUGGAGGACGAGGGCCACGUGCACUUGGACGCGGACUACUCCAGGCCCAACAUCCAGUUGGGCACGCACACCAUGGACACGGACGCGGACUUCGAGAUGGUCUGGGCCAACUUCGAGCCCUGGGACGAGUUGUUCCAGGAGACCGACUUCGACGUGCGCAUGAUUCCGCGCUGGCGG